AUUUAUAAGGAAUUUGGAUCCUGGUGUCGGUGAAAAAAUGUUGUACGAUACGUUCAGUCGCUUUCGGUGUUAUCGUACAGACUCUCAAGAUCCCGAUACUGGUAGUGGUAAAGGGUAUGGGUUUAGUUCAUAUGAUAAUUUCGAUUCUUCAGAUGCGGCAAUUGAUGCAAUGAACGGACAAUAUCUGAUGAAUAAAUCAAUUACUGUAUCAUUCAUACGGAUGGUAAAGGCGAAAGAUAUGGAAGUGCAGUAGGUUCUUCCGAAUUAAAUGUAUUACUUUCAAUACACUAGUUGAAA